UUAUUUUAACAACUCUCAAUCACAGAAUUAUUCUGUGUCUCAAUCAUGAAUUCAUGAGCUAAGAUAAUGUUAAAUUAAUAAAUUAUGAUCAUUUGAUUUUUUUCCAAAACAUUUUAGUAAAACUUAUUGCAAUAUCCAGUGUACAACGUAUCACUGUCUUAUUAUUAUUAUUUAUAAUGAUAUCGAAUAAUAAGCUAAUACCUAUUUUAAGCCGUUUAUGGUGAUAAUGAUAAACUCCAAUCAAGACAUCUAUGCGUUAUAUUAAACUUWUUGUAUACAUUUUUCUCCGAUUAAAGGUUUUCAACUUUGACGGUAGAUAAUAAAAAUGAACGAUCCAAUUGAAAACGACAGUUCCAAAACGACUGAAGUAAAAAAAAUAGUAAAAAAUGCUACUGAUUUACAACGUUUGAAACUCGAAAGACUUAUGAAAAAUCCGGAUAAACCUGUUUAUAUACCCGAGCCACGAUCUGACAAAAAAUCUCCUCAUGUACCUGAAUUUGUAAGGAAUGUUAUGGGAUCAAGUGCUGGAGCUGGCAGUGGUGAGUUUCAUGUUUAUCGGCACUUAAGACGCAAAGAAUAUGCUAGACAAAAACACAUACAAGUUAAAGCAGAAAAGGAACUUUUGGAAGAAGCGUAUCGUCAAAAAAUAUUAGAAAACAAACAAAUGGCUGAAGGGCGUACAGCUAAGAAAAGAGCAAAGAGGUUAAAGAGAAAACAGGUUUUAAGAAAAAAAUCAAAGAUGAYCAGGAAAAAUGAUACUGCCAAUAGUGUAAGUGAAAAUGACUCUACGAGUGAUGAUGACAAUCAAAAUAUUACUGAGGCACAAAGUAACUCAGUAUUAUGAUGAAAAAAAUAUUUAUGUAAAAAUAUGUAAAUAGAAAAUAUGACUUUUUA